AGGAGCCGAUGAUGAGACUGCUGGGUUUGUUUGCCAGAUUGACAUUGAACCCAACGAAUCGCGUGCCAGGUGGGCGUGUCCAAAGAUGACGUUCGGUUGCGCUGCACGGCGCUGAUCAACUUUUACUACCCGAGACGAAGCUGUUUUUUUUUUUUUAAGUCGUUUGUUAGCCUGCCCCAAACAACAACAAUAUACACGUUUUAAGUGUUUUUUUUAUACAACUGGCUUGCAUAGCCCGUAUUUGUAUUCCAGACUUACGGGGUCAGCACUUGUUACAGUGUAACAGUACAUUCCUGAAGUGACGCAGAGCGUACGUGUUCGUAAUCUGCUGCUGUGCGAGCUAGCAAGAGGGCGGAAAGCUAGCCAACCAGCUAGCUAGCUCGCUAGCUCGCUAUGUGGCUAGGCUAACUGUCCAGGCGAGCAGCUUGGGAUCUACUCUCCACCUGACGCUACUUUCGUUGACCAGAAAAGACUCCCAGCAUGCUGAUGGUGGGAGGCGAUGGACGGCUGCACUAGAAUGAGUGUGAAGGAGCUGUGUGACACAGAUGACCUGGCCACCAGCCUGGUGCUGGACCCUCUUUUGGGCUUCAGCACCCACAAAAUGAACAUCAGCCCCCCUCCAGAGGUGCGGCGCUGGGGCAACCUGAAGGAGACGCUGCUACGCUUCCAACGCACGCACGACUUCCAGGCCACGUUUGAGGCACUGACGGUGGGCGAGCUAGCCGGCGACUACUUCAGCGCUUUGGGGGGCCACCGUCAGGAGCUGCUGAGGCAACAUGUGUACCGCUACCUAGGUGCCUUCCUCCUGGAAAGUGGUGUCAAGAUUGAGUCAUGUGACCGAUAUUCCUCAGAGACCAACGGAGCCAAGAUCACCUCCACCAGACACUGGUUUGUUGGCGAGAGGGUGGAGGUCCUCCUGGGCUGCAUCGCCGAGCUGAGCCCGGCCGACAGCGCCGUGCUGAGGGCGGGGGUUAACGACUUCAGCGUGAUGUACUCCACGCGCAAGCGCUGCGCUCAGCUGUGGCUCGGCCCCGCCGCCUUCAUCAACCACGACUGCAAGCCAAACUGUAAGUUUGUCCCCGGUGAGAAGAACGGCGCUUGCGUGGAGGUGAUUCGACCCAUCUCCCCCGGGGAGGAGAUCACGUGCUACUACGGCGCCAGCUUUUUCGGGGAGGGCAACGAAAUGUGCGAAUGCUGCACCUGCGAGAGAAAAGGGGAGGGUCACUUCAGACACAAAGGGAAGCAGCCGGAAUGUGAGGAAACAAAGGACCCCGUGGACCAAAAGUACCGCCUCCGGGAGCGAUACCUCCGCCAUCACCGAGAGAAGGGCCACCUUACCUCCAGGCCCAUUAUUCCAGGAUUGCACUCAGCUAUCCCCUCAAGGAAUUCCUUCACCCAUCAGAUGAGGAAAAACGCCCUGAAGAACAGAAAAUUGACUCAAACCAAGAAGUGGAGGCGACAGAAGCACAUGCGAUCCUCUAAACUGGCCUGUACCAGGAAACAGCGGCGGACACUUCCUCUCCCGUCACAGUGUGUCAUAAGGGACCUGAGGAUCAGAGUUCGCCGCCACUCGCUGGACUUUUUGCUCAUCUGUAAAGAUCCAAAAAGCAAAGAGAGAUCCCUUUUGCAGCAGCUGGAGGUCGUGAAGCCAAAGCCGAGCCCAAACGGCGGCCCGGUCAACUUGAAGUGUUUUGCUCUCGGUCCCUCCAAGUCCCAUCCGAGGAAGAAAGCAAAGUCUGCCCCCUUGAGGAGCUCGUCCAGAACCAAGAGCACAGAUCAGACCACCCUCAGGCAUCAAACGGCACCCGGUAACACCACGAGCCACCCUGACGUCUCAGACAAAACCUCCAGUGCAACAAAGCAGGACAGGAUGGAGGAAGCAGACUCUGAAAUGAAGACUAAGAGCGAGCCUCGCAUCUCCGCCGCCAACAUCGGUCACGGUGUCUCAGACGGCAGUAAGACGGCUGCAGACAAUCCAUUAAUAUCACCCAAGCAAUACCUUACCGUCCGCCUAACAAGGAUAUCGGUUCCUCGCGGUGAAGAGCCUGGAAAGAGCUCCCAGGACAAGGACACGAGAGAAGAGCUGAGAGGGAGGAUGAGGCAGUUCCAGGGCCUCAGACCGCUGCCAGAGUCCAAACUUCAGCCAAAGCAAGGCCCGGCGCCGAGCACCUGCACCGCCGAAGGUAACCGAGGAGUGCGGGAGAUGUUUUUCAAGUCCGUCGAUCACGUCAACGUACGCAAGCGACACAGCAGCGAGAUGGUGGAUUCUUCUUCCCUGUGCAAAGAAAGCAGGAAAAACAAGGUCAUUGAAAUCCAGACGCCGUCAGAAGAAACAUGCAAACCGCAGCAGCAGGACGGCACGAGCCAAGAACACAAAGACACGAGAAAGCCCGUCAGUGCUGCCAAACCAGGCGGCAAACCCGCAUGUAAGGUGGCGCCCAAUCAGGAAAGUAACUCAAAAGUUGUGAAAGUACACGAACCCCCUGCUUUACUGCGGACCGCUUGUACGCCAAGCCAACAAGCGGGAACCAAACCUGAUCAAAAUAUCAUCUUAAAGCAGGCUAAAGUCCUCCUGUCGGACAUUUUAAAAAAAGAGAAACCCGGGCAAUUCCAGCGCCAUUUUUCUACCUCGCCCCCCCGACAAGCGCAAAACCAUGCAUACAGACGAGGUGUCGGGAGGCGGCGGAGGAAGGACAGAUGGUCCAAAACAAAUGCAGAAGAAAAGACGGCGGCAAACUCAAACUCCAGCAGUGCGGACGCCGCGUCAGUCGACUCCAGCCAAGCUUGCACCCACGCCCGACCGGCGGACCGGCACCUGGACGCCGCCCACCUCCAAGCACUACCUCCCGAGUCGCACAUUUCAAGCAACGGUCCGAGCAGCCGGCACCCCCCUGCCCACCCCCAGGCGCACACGCAGUCCAACAUACCUCUCAAGAAACGGACAUUCCGCAGCUCCGUGGAGCCGGAAGAAAGUGCGGCUUCAGCUCCAGACGGAGACCAAAAAGUAGACCCUGGAUCCCCCAGCAACAAAAGACAUGACCCCAGAUGGGGUUUAGAAGCCAAGAGGGGUUCCAAACGAGGCAGGAAAAGCAGAAUGCGAGCAAAAAUCCAGAGGCUGAAGUCUCAAAGGGUCACGAGACAAAACCACUUCAGCAGAGUUCUUCGGCCCAGAGGUCCCGAAGUCCAGCAAAGGAAAGUUCCCAAAUUAAAAUCCGAGGUGCGGCACAGGGAUCCCCGCCGAGAGACGGUCAACCUGGACACAAACGGUCAGACGGAGGAAGCUGACAACCCGCAGGAAGGCUCUCCCGCAGAGGCCAAGAUGGAAACCCUGGAACAAAGCGAUUUGGAGGAGAAAAAGCCCGCGCUUAAUUUCCGUAUUCGUUUCAAGCGUCGGAGGGGCAAAGUCUGGGAAAUGCAGAGUGAUGGACUGGCAAACGUGGCAUUAAAAAUUGAAGAGAGAGAGGACUUGGACAACGAUCCAAUCAAAGCCAUCAUGGACUCCGUGUCAGUACUCAGCAUGGAGAUGCAGGCGGCUCAGGCUCACGUGCAGGCCAGCAAAAAGUCCAAGAGCCGACUGCUGCGCUUGAAAAAAAGGGGUGAGCGAAGACACGACAGGAAGAAGGUCUCCGCUGUUGCAAAUUCAGAGCGGGGCCGCGAGGACGUACGAGACGGCAAAGAGAAACCCGAUGUGGAGAUCCUCUCAGCAGCCAAUCUGCCGUCAGAUAAAACGCAGAGUGAGACGUCAUCUCUUGUGCAGGGAACUAAAACCGAAGAUCGAUUUACAAGAAAUUGCUGCCGCUUUGAAAGUGGGUCACAACAGAAACCGGAGACCGGUUUAGACCUGAAUGGUCUCUCUUUGCCUGUUCUUAAGCUUCGCAGGAAGGUCGAGGGCAUCUGGGAGGUGGACGACACGGACGAGGAGACAAACCAGCGUGACGUUAAAAUAGACGCCAAAGUCAAGCGAGAGCUCAGAGGUCAUCCUCCGGUCAAGCAAAACAAAGGUUUGCUGGACUUGAGCAAGUCCAGAGAGGAGAUCCCGUCUGCUCAAAGGAUCCCCAACAGUAACCCGUCGCUCCUCAAAACUGAAGCGCCACAGUUGUCUUUGUCCCUGUCCCCGCUGUCCCUGUCCUCCCCGCCCAACGACAAUGCCGACGUCAUACCGCCCGAUGUCGGAGCAGAAGUCAACAGCGGCGGAAGGAAGCAGCGGCACAAAACGAAGUGCGCUACGGCGGAGACGUCGGCGAGCUGCCUCAGUCAGUCCCUCCAGCAGAUUGACAACAGUCUCUCCAAGCUCUCGGAGGGUUUGUGUUCCUCUCAGAUUUUUGAGAAAACUGCUCCCUUUUCCGCCAUUCCCAAUCCCCUCACGCAGCAGCCCCCUUCCCAGUCUCCUCCAUUCCCUACGGCGGACAACAUGCUCUCGGGCGAGCCCACCUUCCCAAACUGCUGCGACGACCUUCUGGACUUCCAGUGUCUCAACUUUGAGGGCUACUAUCAGCCACAGAGCAUCCUGCCGUCGUCUCCGUCCGAUCUGUGUUCGCUGGAUCCACCCACAGACCCCUUCAGCACCCCGCUCUCACACAGCCCCUCCGACACGUGGACCACCGAGACGCCGUACCUCGGUCCCCCAAGUCCAGGAGAUAACUUCAAUGGUGAAGACCUGCAGUUCUUCCCCAGUCUGCUUUCGUCCAAAAACGAUGCGGUUUCUCUGGACUGUGAAGCAAAGGACUUCUCCAAAGACAGACACGCCCCCCAAACCAGCUUCAGUUUUUCCUCCCUGAACCCAGAACUUGCGGCAAAAGGGGUCCCGUGUAAGAAUCCAGGAAUCAGGUUGUCCAAAGAGGACUUGAAAAGUAAUUUGUCAGUAGUUAGCAAACCACGCCUGUUUGGCACGUCUGCCCCGAUGUCGCCGAAUCUUCUUCCUUCAGUUCAGCACCCCCCCAACGUGAAGCCCAGCGGCAGCCAAUCACGAGCCACGUCUAGCCUCAAAACACAGGGACCCUUCCACCGCAUGAGCAUUCCUAGCAAGUCCCAGUCUUUCCCGACUUGCCAGCCCAACGCGGCAAAGGGCGUGUCCCCGAGCAGCCUGGCCCGGUCCAUCCCAGCAUCACCGGCGCCAAACAAAUUCCUCAAUCCGCAACGCUUGGCUGCCAAGACCCCCAGCGCCCCUGACAAUCCAUUCACCUUCCACGAGAAACCCUCCACGGUCAUCCACAGGGUUGUCAAGUUUCAGGGAGGGAACCAGAGCCAGAACCUGUACAGCGCGCCUUCCAGAGACCACAUGGCUGCUGGCGGCCAUGCUGGUUUGCCCAAAACAUUCAGUACAAAGUUGGCGGCGACCGAAAGAAGCGACUCGUGUCCCCACAAAGGUUCUUUUGGCCAGUCUGGCAACCCCAUCAGGUCUGGCGCUCAUAUCAACAAACUCGGUUCUUUGCAUCAUCCGCUCAGUCGGAGCAGGGUGUCCUCUGAAAAACACGAGGACAACAGCGCGGCGUACAAGAACUUUUCCACGCUGCCACGGCCUUUCUUCUUCCCCAGUAAAGACGGGUACUCCUCCCCGCAGGACAAGAGCUCCACACACGGGAGAUCUACCUCUCUGGGCUCGGACAAGAACCAGCCAUGUUACACUCAGCAGGACCCUUUCGACUUCAGCUUCGGGUCGUCGCUAUCUCCGAUGCCUCAUCACAGCAGUCCUCCAGUGGUCCACGGUACUCCUCCGGGCACGCCGGCACCAGCAAACAAGGGUCACGCAUCAGCUUCCUUCCCCUACGGAUCCCAAGGCCCCCCUUACGUACUCAACUUCAGUGGAGACCACUCAUUGACCCUGGGCCUCAGGGACGGGCCUGAAGGCUAUCCGGGUCUCGGCCCGACAAACUACACCUACCACUGCUUGAUGGAACCUUCCGGAACACAGGGCCGGCUGGUCCUGGAGCCCUGUGGGUCUCAGCUAUCCAACCCGCCUUCCUUUUCCUUGGGGGGGUUUUCAGGACUCAAAAGUGGUCAGGAGGAACAUUUUAAGAGGGACGGGCAUCAUCAGAACCAGCCUGGUGAUCACCAAGACGUGCCGCACUAUGGACCAACAUCCCACUCCAUGGGCUCCACUAAACCCAAGAGGGUCAGGUUAGUCGUGACAGACGGUACGGUCGACUUGGACCUCCAAUAUUCGGACUGAUUCUCAGCUGCUGGACUCACUGGAGAUGUUUUUGUAAAGCUUUUUUCUAAAUUAUA